AUGGUAUUGUCUAUUAGUCAAGAAACCUUCAACAAUGCCGUCCAAGAAAAUAUCACAGAUCUGGGAUUAUCUCCUGAGGAAGCCCUUGAAGAAGCCGUCACACAAUUCGAGUCACAGGGUGUUGAUUUGAGCUCAAUAAUAAAAGAACUCAUGAUUUCUUCUGCAUCCUCAGCAAAUAUUGAGGAAGUAGUUGUAAAAUUAUUGAAUUUAAACAAGAAGAAAGCAUCUGCUAAUGAAAUUACAAACCAACUAGAAAUAUUGAAAACUGAAUGUGAUAAGGGGAUUCAAGAGAGAGUGAUUGCAGGAAAAGCUGGUGCAUACAAUGCAAUAUUGGACACCUUAAUAAACAACAAAAAUGAUGUGAACAUUGAAAGACAUUGUCUCAAAGCCAUGAUAUCUCUCAUGACAAAACAGCCUGAUCUGUUAGAUGAAAAGGGCAUAGAAAUUAUUCUUUCUAAUUUGAAAAAAGAAGCAGAUUAUGAUUUGAAGAAAUUAUCACUGAGAUGGGCAAAAGAAUGUUGUAUAAUGCAUGAAAUGAAUAGGCAAAAAAUCUUUGACUCCCACAUCUUAGAAAAUCUCAAAGAACUUUUGAAUGAUGGGACAUCAGACAUACUAAGAGAUGUUCUGAGUGUCUUCAGAGGCUUGGUGCUUGAUGAUGAUGUCAGGGUAGAAUUUGGGAAAGCUCAUGAUCAUGCUAGAAUAAUUGCUAGUGAGAUUUUGUGUCCCCUUACUGGCCUGCUUACAAGAUUUAGAUCAGAUGAACUUUUGAUAUUUGACCUGAUGUUGACUGUUACUUCCCUCAUGGUCAGAACUGAGUUUUGCAAGAAAGUUGAAGAUGCUGGUGGACUGGACUUGAUAAGAGAUGUGAUGAAAGCUUUCCCUAAUAAUGAAAAAAUCAACAGACAAUGUUUUAAACUACUGAAAUCUCUAGGUGGCAAUGAUGAUGUUAGGGGUCAUGUCAUCCAAAAAAAUUUGGCUCCAAUCAUAGUAACAGCUCUCAAUGAAAAUAAAGGAAAUGUAGGGACAGCUGUGGCAGGUUUAGCUUGCAUUUCAUCUUUGACACUGAGAAGUCCAGAAAAUAGUAGAGCCUUUUUUGAUUCUGGGUCACCAGCAGUUAUAGUUGAAGUUAUGAAGAUGUAUCCAGAUGAAAAGCAGAUACAGAAAACUGCUAGUUGGGCUAUUAGGAAUAUGGUCUGCAGAAGCAAAUAUCAAUCAGGGACAUUCAUUGAGCUUGGAAUUGAAGAACUUCUUCACAAGGACCUGAAGAAAUUCAAAGACAUUGAAUAUGAUAUCAAGGCUGCCCUACGUGAUCUUGACUGUAAGGUCAAUCUCAGAGAAGAAUGGACUGGCAAGGGGGGGGCUUUAACUACAGGACUGAGCAGGGAAUAA